UGAAUAUCGGGUCAAGAAAUGACAAGCCUAAAGGAACGCGUAGUGUUGCUCGCUGAAAUCUUCCGGCUGGCCCGGCAAGUGGCGCCCAACAUGGGGCUCAACGAAAGUUCCUUGCGGCCGCUGCCCGUUGAAACUAUUAAGCACUGGCUGGAGUGUGGAUAUUCCUGGUGUGACCAAGCUCACAGGGCAUGCACAGUGACGCAACGGAACGGGACCCCAGGAUAUCCCAUUCUGUGGCCUGGGGCAUAAAGGGAAACAUAUAGGGGUGCCAUGGAAACUCUGCUGGAAUGAGACUGCUACGGUGUAUUCUAUUCCUAACAGCACACAUUCCCUUUGGGACUGGUCGCCAGACUCCAACAGGAACCCCGGAAAGGAAGGCGGCAGACAACUUGCAGCUAGAAUUUGGAAUCUUGGUGGCACCACGGUGUAUCAGACUGAGAUAUGGAAGCUGUUGGCUGCUUUCGGAACAGAUGGGUCCCUUUUACAGACUGGAGGAAAGACCAAAGGAGUACUAUCCUGGAGAGCGUAUUGGUGGAAUGAGACUUGGAGAUAUCCUCGGGCCUGCGUACCCUAUCCCUUUAUGAUCCUUGUUGGCUCUGUGACUCUUUCUAAAAAUGCUAGCCUAUAUCAUGUUCAUUGUUUUAAUUGUACCCUGACUAAUUGUAUAAGAGGUAUGGAAAAUAAUUCUGGGGCUCUGAUAGUUAAACAACCGCCCUUCGUCAUGAUGCCUGUGAACCUUACUGAACCUUGGUAUGAAGAGUCAGGGCUUGAGCUGUGGAAUAAGGUGCGUACAGCCCUUGCUAGGCCACGAAGGGGGAUAGGAUUAAUAAUUCUAGGAGUAGUAACACUUAUAACUUUGAUUGCUUCUGCUGUUACUGCUUCUGUAUCUUUAGCUCAAUCUGUGCAUACUGCUAGCAUUGUAGACGAUUUGGCAAAAAACACUUCAAAAGCUUUAGGGAUUCAAGAAGAUAUAGAUAGAAAAUUAGAGGAUAGACUAAAUGCGCUUUAUGAUGCAGUAAGAUUUUUGGGAGAAGAAGUGCAAGGGUUAAAGCUAAGAACAAAAAUUAGAUGUCAUGCUAACUAUCGUUGGAUUUGUGUAACUCCAAAAAUUUAUAAUAAUACUGAGACCCCUUGGAAUAAGAUAAAAUUACAUUUAGAUGGUAUUUGGCAUAAUGAAAACAUUUCCUUAGAUCUAUUACAACUUCAUCAGGAAAUUCUUGAUAUAGAAAAUGCUCCUCGGGCUAGUAUGGAUUUGGCAGAAAAUGCUGAAGAGUUUGUUAACAGUUUGUUUUCCAAUUUUCCUUCGAUAACCUCACUUCGGCAUCUUUUUUCAGGGGUCGUGGCCAUGCUUCUGGUAUUAGCGCUUUUUGUGUGCAUUACUCCUUGUAUCAUAAAGAAAUUUGUCAAAGAGCUGUGGGACAUCAAGGCUGUCCUACACAGUAAUUAUUUACGCCAAAAGAAUCAGGCGUGCCAUUUUACUAAAUAAAAGAGGGGGAGCUGCGGGGAGCGGCUUGAAAGAGCUGACUCUGGGAGCUGCCUUGAUUGAUUAUCAAGGGUCUGUUCGCAGACAUAGCUCUCUGUCCCGCCACCCCUCUGGAAUUUACUAUCCGAGUUAACUCCUAACAGACCAUUAGUGAGCCUUGAAUGCACACAAGGUGCAGAUAGAUGGCUUUGCACGACUGCCCUUAAGAUAAGUAGGAUGCCUUUGGCGCCAUGAGAGAGCUCUGGUGAUUGUUAUCUUAAAGAUGAUGUGCAUAGGGAAGAAUUUUCUUUGGGAUGCCUCUCUUCUUGGUUUAGUAUAUAUGUAACCCUGAGAAAUAAAGAAUCAUCGUUGACUGCAGCGAUCCUCUCGACCCCAUCUGUUCUGUCUCUUUAUUU